GUGCUUUUGUACGAUGACCAACAACUUCUUGGUGUUCCUCUGUUGGCAGCCAAUGGACUCAGUGCUCCUACUCAAAUCAAAGAAAUGAGUGGCCCUAAAGAAAAGAAAAGAAGUUCUUUUUAUAAGAAAAUAUUACCUUAUGAACAACGUGUUUUGAUAACACAAGUUACUGACAAGCCACCAUUAUUAGCAGGGUUGGCAUUGGACAAUGUUGGACAUGGUGGACAUGGUGAACAUUGGACAAUGUCCAAU